AUGCCGAGGCUGGUCCUGUUAGCUGUGGCGGUGGCAUCGCUGCUCGUAGCCCCCGUCGCGACGGCGCCGACGUGCUCGGGAAUUGAAGAGGACACGACGUACGACGACUUCGAUAUCAUGCAAACCAGCCAAAGCUCUAUGGAAGGGUGCUGCGCCGACUGCGACGACACCCCCACAUGCACUGCGUUCACGUGGGAACAGCACAGCACGUCCAUGAAUGGCACGUGCCAUCUCAAGAGCUCGUCGUUGAAACAAUCGUUUCGAGCGGGGUCACGGUCCGCCAAACUAGUAGCUCGGUUGGAGAAGCCUCUGUGCGGGACGGCUGGUGACGCCACCGAUACGCCGGGGAAUGCCGGAGGCCGCGACGUCGGAUCGGACCCCGGCCACAAGGCAGCGCCUGCUGCCCCCCUUGUCUCGACUUCUGCGCCAACCCCCACAUCUGCUUGGACGCCACUCCCAUCUUCAACUCUGACACCCCCUCCUGCACAAACCACAUCUGCUCCUACUCCUGUCGUAGCCCUCCCAAAUUCAACGCUUGCCGCCGCUACGGACACCUUAGAGCCCACGCCUCCCCCUCGUCAAUGCUCAAACAUGUUCUACGAUAUUGACCUCCCCGGCAACAACUUGGUCGUCCUCGAGCGCAACACUGCCGCCCUCUGCUGCGCCACGUGCUCGGUCACAUCGGGGUGCAAGGCGUUCGUGUGGAUGCUUCGAGGCAACAUUGGAACGUGUAUGCUUAAAUCUGCCAAAGGAACCCCGACGCAUUAUCCCGGUGCCAUUGCAUCGUACCCAAUGAAGCCAGCUCCAGUCCCCACACCGUCUGCUUGCCCCGUCGUCGAGUACGACGUCGAUUACCGUGGCAACGACAUCCUGUCGACGUAUCGGUCCGACUUCAGAGAUUGCUGCGGCGACUGCAAAAACACGUUGGGCUGCACGUUGUACGUGUGGAUCCCCGUCGGCGGCGGCAAGUGCACCCUCAAGAACAAAAAGGGGGCUCAAAUUAUUUCUAGUGGCGCUCGCGCGGGCGUGCUACCUCACGACCCCCCGAUCAACCGCACUUCGAACGUCACGUCCGGGCUCUACGCGGCCAAUUCGUUGUCCCCAACAGCAUUCAAUUUCAUUUCAGGUGCGCAGUGGAUCGACAUGACCACCAUGACGGCUGUGAAUGCGCAAGUUGAAGCGUUCGAGGUGGCCAACCGCGCGCGGAACUUCUCGCACGCGUCCGGCCCGGUACACGUUCCACUGCCCGAGUCAGUGCUCAACAUGAAGGUGUACAUCAACGUGACGUCCUCCGGCGAAUGCGCCGCCAUGACGUCCACGCGUCGACAAAACUUCUUCACGUACUGGAACGACCACAUGUAUUGUUAUGUGCACAUGUACACGCGAGCGACGUCGCUGCAAAUGGUCACGGCCGCUGACCAAGCCAUCGUGUUUCCCCAAGAUUCCGAUCCAGCGUACAUCAGCACAGUCUUAACCAACGUCAACACCAACGCUGACUGCGUCAAGGCGUGCAUAUCCAAGCGGAAUUGCGCCGGUGUGACGUAUGCAGGGAAAACUUGCACAUUCUACCGCCCUCGCCCGUCCCAAUACCCUGAUGUUGUCGCGGGGUGGGUAUGA